UUUAUUUUAGUCACACAAAAGAUGGCGGAUCGAACGCCUGGUGGCUCUCAGAAAGCUAGCGCGAAGGCGUUGCUUGAGAGCAAAUUGAAGUCAUUCAGCUUUGGCAAAAUGUCAGUGGCAAAGAGGACCCUAAGCAAAAAAGAACAAGAUGAUUUAAAGAAAAAAGAGGAUGAGCGGGCAGCAGCAGAGAUUUACGAGGAGUUUCUUGCUGCUUUUGAAGGAGAUGGGGAGGGCAAAGCCUUUGUCCGUGGUGGUAUUGCAAAUGCAUCAAAAGAGGAGGCUGCUGCGGAUGAGAAGAAAGGAAAAUUGUACAAGCCCAAGUCGCGUUUCGAGAACCAACCGAAAAGCUUUUUGCCUUUGGAAACCCCAACUCAGUUUUUACCAAUAGACAAAAGACAUUCUGUGAAGAAAACUACUGAGAAGGAAAAGAAGAAGAGCAACUUGGAGCUCUUCAAAGAAGAACUUAAACAAAUACAAGAAGAAAGGGAUGAAAGACACAAGCUGAAAGGACGUGUUAGUCGCUUCGAACCUCUCUCGGGCACGGACGGAAGACGCUCAGCGGAUGGUUCUUCAAGAAGAAACCGUCCGUCAAGUGUUUUGGAUGAUUGUGCGCCGGGUUCCCAUGAUGUUGGAGACCCAUCCACUACCAACUUGUAUCUCGGAAACAUCAAUCCCCAGAUGAAUGAGGAGAUGCUGUGUCAAGAGUUCGGCCGUUAUGGUCCGCUGGCCAGUGUGAAGAUCAUGUGGCCGAGAACCGACGAGGAGAGGGCUCGGGAGAGGAACUGUGGUUUUGUGGCUUUCAUGAACAGGAGGGAUGCUGAGCGAGCACUCAAGAACCUAAAUGGAAAGAUGAUAAUGAACUUUGAGAUGAAAUUAGGAUGGGGCAAAGGUGUACCCAUCCCACCCCACCCCAUCUACAUCCCUCCUUCCAUGAUGGAGCACACACUCCCACCACCUCCCUCUGGCCUGCCCUUCAAUGCACAGCCCCGGGAGAGGUUAAAGAACCCCACAGCUCCCAUGCUUCCUCCACCUAAAAACAAGGAGGAGUUUGAGAAGACUCUGUCGCAAGCCAUAGUCAAAGUGGUUAUCCCAACAGAAAGGAAUUUGCUCUCUCUCAUCCACCGAAUGAUCGAGUUUGUGGUGCGUGAAGGCCCAAUGUUUGAAGCCAUGAUCAUGAACAGAGAAAUCAACAAUCCUAUGUACAGGUUUCUGUUUGAGAACCAAAGCCCAGCACAUGUGUACUACCGCUGGAAGAUCUACACCAUACUACAGGGUGAAGCGCCAGUCAAAUGGAAAACAGAGGACUUUAGGAUGUUUAAGAAUGGCUCCUUGUGGCAUCCGCCUCCUCUUAACCCAUACCUCCAUGGUCCGUAUGAUGAUGGUGAGGAAGAGGAGGAAGAUGAGGAGGGCAUCAGGAAAGGCAGCUUGAAAGAGGACGAGCGAGACAAACUCGAGGAGAUGCUGCGUGGAAUGAGUCCCAGGAGGGGAGACAUCGCAGAAGCCAUGUUGUUUUGUCUCGGCCGCGCCGAAGCCGCUGAGGAGAUCGUGGAGUGCGUCGCAGAGUCUCUCUCCAUCCUCAAGACGCCUCUUCCCAAGAAGAUUGCCCGGUUAUAUCUAGUUUCUGAUGUGCUGUACAACUCAUCUGCCAAAGUAUCCAAUGCGUCCUACUACAGAAAGUUUUUUGAGACAAAGCUCUGCCAGAUUUUCGCUGACCUCAACGCAACAUACAAAUCGAUACAGGGCCAUCUUCAGAGUGAGAACUUUAAGCAACGAGUCAUGGCGUGUUUCCGGGCCUGGGAGGACUGGGCCGUGUACCCCGACCCCUUCCUCAUCAAGCUGCAGAACAUCUUCCUGGGGCUCGUCAACAUCGCUGCAGAGAAGGAACCCCCUGUCGUCAUUGAGGAGGCUGAGCCGGCAGAGGACAUUGACGGGGCUCCAAUAGGGGACUAUGGAGAUGGAGCUCUGCUGGAGGAUGUGGACGGGGUGCCGAUUGACGCCGGGCCCAUUGAUGGAGCUCCUAUUGACGGAGCCCCCCUGGAUGACCUUGAUGGUGUUCCUAUCAAGCCAAUGGAAGAGGACAUCGAUGGGAUACCUUUGGAUCCGUCCAAAGAGGCGACCUUCAAAGUAGCACCUUCCAAAUGGGAGGCGGUGGAUGAGGCGGAGUUACAAGCUCAAGCUGUGACGACUUCUAAAUGGGAAGCAUUUGAGCAGCCUGAAGAAACAAAGAGGGAUGAGGAGGACAGCGAUUAUGAGGACAGAAGCCCUCGCUCCGAUGAUAACCAGAGCUACUCCAACCCCAUCAGAGAGGACUCGGAUGUCAAGGUCAAAAUGUCUGAAAUGAAUGAGGAGAAACGCACAAAGCUCAGAGAAAUAGAGGUUAAGGUCAUGAAGUUCCAGGACGAGCUGGAGUCUGGAAAAAGGCCCAAGAAGCCUGGGCAGAGUAUUCAGGAGCAGGUGGAGCACUACAGGGACAAAUUACUACAAAAGGAAAAGGAAAAAGAGAAACUUGAACGAGAGAAAGAGAAGGAGAAGAAAGAGAAGGAGAAAGCAGAGGCCCGUUUGAAGGAUUUGAAGAAGGAAAAAGAAAAGGACGACACGCUGACCAGGAAAGAGAGGAAGCGGCGUCACAGCGGGUCACCCAGCCCAACAAGGAGCAGCACCCGACGAGGCCGGUCAUCCUCACCCCGCUCAGAGCGCUCAGACCGCUCGUACUCUAAAGACACGUCGUCCCGCUCCGCCCACAAAGACUCCCCGCGAGCCAGCAACAAAAAGUCCUCAAAGAGGUCACCCUCACCUCGCACACCCAAACGAUCCAGGAGGUCGCGCUCCAAGACGCCCAAGAAAUCGGCAAAGAAGUCCCGCUCCAAAUCAAAGUCACCUCACCGGUCUCAUAAAAAAUCAAAGAAGAGCAAACACUGAAUCCAAACCAGCCUUUCAUCCUCCCUCUUCAUUCUUCCCUGCGCCGUGUUGUAUAAAUGAUUGACUGAAUGAUUUGGUAGCUGAAGAUCUCUGCCAGAUGUAAAUGUAUAGAUAAUGAGGGGUGGAGCAUGGGUUGCCAUCGGGUGUCUCAGAUGGAUGGAGCCAUUACUGUUUUAUAUUGUACAAAAAAAAAAAGUGCUUGUGUGUCCGGAUUCCCCAACACCUCCCGAUGGAUUCAUCCAUGUGGUCGACCACAUCGUACAGUUAUGACGAUAGUCAUAUUCAUGCUGUCAUUUUCGGUUUUUGUAGUUAACAUUAAAAGAUUCCUAAUAAACAAAUGUCAUUUUUAAAUCAAA